UAUAACAUUUUACUUCCUUCCACACAGGCUGACACGAACAAACGAGAAAGAAGACGUCGUGAAGUUUUAAAUGUUACCGCUAAUAUUCGUAUUUUGAGCUUAGUGUUUAGUUAUUUUCUAUUGUAAAAUUCACGGUAUGUGGCGAAUGGUGUCGGAGGACUGAAGAAUCGCUAAAAAACAUAGUCCGUAACGGGUAGGCCUCCGAAGAAAGUUUGGUCGUGGGCCUGUAAACAACAUGUCCUCCGCCUCGCAGUCUUCCUCGAGACGGCAAUGGUGCUACCUCUGCGACCUGCCCAAGAUGCCUUGGGCCAUGCUGUGGGAGUUCAGCGAAGCUGUGUGCCGGGGUUGUGUCAACUACGAUGGUGCAGACCGAAUAGAGCUCCUCAUUGAAACUGCUAGGCAGCUGAAGAGCACCCACGGUGUUUUAGACGGCAGGUCCCCCGGUCCACAGCAGAGCAAACCCAGCUCGGCCGGGCCCCUUGAAGCGGGGCGGCAGCACGGAGAGCGUGUAGACAGGGGGAGGGGUGAGUAUGGGGCUUCUUCUCGCCUCCCCAAUGGCCUGCACAGAGCUGAAGAUGUGGCUUUGUCAGAGGGCAGCCGACAGAGUCCAAACACUCGUCGGGCAAUGGCCGGGGCAGUUUCUAGUCUUCAUGGCACCAUACCCCACGCGUUGUUAGCUCAGGGGUUAGUAGCAGCACCCCAUGGGAUUUUAGCUCCAUUAUCAGGCACCAGAGCUGGGGCCACACCUAUUGCUGUUUCAGCUGGCCCCAUAAUAAGUGAUACUGGAAGAAGACAGGCUGUGUCCCUGGGUGUGGGAACAAGCACCUCUGCUCUGGUGGGUAUAGAUCCCGCUGUGUGGAGGAACAAUGAAGUGAUGGCUGAACUGAAUGAGGUGGCUCGUAGCAGGGUGGAAGGCUGGCCCAACCGUCCCAAAGCAGUUCGGGAUGUGCUGGUAGCUCUGAGCAGCUGUGUCCCUUUUAAUGUACGCUUCAGGAAAGACCAUAAUCUGAUGGGGCGUGUUCUGGCCUUUGAUGCCAGCACUACUCCAGAGUUUGAGCUAAAGGUAUUUGUGGAGUAUCCUUCUGGCUCUGGAAUGAUCUUCUCAGGAGUUCCAGACCUGGUCAGGCAGAUGUUCCGUGACUCUGCCAAAGAUGCUGGUAAAGCAGUGAACUCUGGGCUGCGUUAUGUGGAAUAUGAGAAGCGGCAAGGCACUGGAGACUGGCGUGGGUUGUCUGAGCUGUUGAAUGAUGGUGUGCGUAUGUUUAAAGAGCCUCCAAUUCCAGAGGUUCUGCCACAACCAGAUGCAGUGUUGCCUUUGACAGUUGCUGGACGCCCCGGACCAGCCAAGGGCACAACCAGGCGCCGUAAGGCUUCUCCAGGCUCUGAGAAUGGAGAGAGUGAGGGAAGGCCUGAACAUUCUGUGAGAGAGCCGUGGCCCCGGAGCACUUACUCAGGCAUGGAACCUAUUCCUGGAAUGGCUGUUCCUCAAGAGGGCCCACCCCGUCUACACAACCAGCCUUCACCCAUCUCAGCACUCAUGGGGGUGACAGAUGGUCUGAGCUCCAGCCAGAUAGCCAGAGAUAGCCCCAGUAUGUCCACAGCCCACUCCUCUUCAGCUGGGCGCCCCACAAGCAGCAGUCCCUCCACUCCCUCCACCUCAGUCUCUCAGGCAGCCAUAGGUCAGGGUCUGAGCACUGGGGGGCAAAGCAGCAACACAAAUGCUGGCGAGUCUACAAGCAGCACCCCAGGCACUCUGCUCUGCUGCACCCUCUGCAGAGAGCGCCUGGAAGACACACACUUUGUCCAGUGUCCCUCAGUCCCACACCACAAGUUCUGCUUCCCCUGCACCCGAGGGUUCAUCCGUAGCCAAGGUCAAGGAGGAGAGGUGUACUGCCCCAGCGGAGAGCGCUGCCCCCUGGCUGGAUCCACUGUGCCUUGGGCCUUCAUGCAGGGUGAAAUUUCAACUAUCCUGGCUGGAGAAGGAGAUGUGACAGUAAAGAAGGAGAGUGACCCUUGACCCUCCAUCCUGUUUGUGAAUGUCAGAGGAUUUAAAAACAGUGAAAGCACUUACCUAUAAUCUCAAGCAGAAGUCCACUUUGGCUGUAGUUCAUCACGUGUGCCUCCGAGAGCAAACUUCGUGCUGAAGCCCAGGAGGACCACUACACACAGACCGCAGUAACUACAGACACAAGACUCACUCACAAUAAGAGGGAGACAUCUGCAUGUUGGGGCUGGGCUCAGCCACUGGAUCAAGACCGAAUCAAGUCCCGACCAAAUACCCCCCCCCCCCCCCCCCCUUUUUUUUUUUUUGCUUUCUUUUUUAUUUUUUGUUAAACUUAUUUAUUUUUUUUUCCUAGUCUGGCAAAAGCCUCAUUUCAAAAAGCCCAAUAUUGAAAGCACACACUAUUUUUUUUUUGUUCUCCUAACAAUGACAAUCUGAUCUGUUUUUGUUGUUGCAUCCUGUCCUACACAGGAUACUGUUAGAUUGUUUAACAGAAUGAUGCAAUUCUUUGAAAAAUGAAUGUUGAAAAAUGUUAAACCAUUGGGUCCUUAAAGCCAAGGAGAAAAAAUGUAAACCCACAGUACAUCACUUACGUAUUCUUUAUAUUGUGUCAAAAAUGUGAAUUUUCUUUCAAUAUGGCUAUGUAAUUUCUAUUUUUGAUACAACACAAAUUUCUAUGUAUUUGUUUAUAGUGAUAAGAAGACCAAAGAUGGCUUCAUGCUCAAUGUAAAUUUAUUGUAGCUGUGUAUGCUGUAUUCACUGAUAACCUUGGCAUCAGUCACUAAUUAGUUCAUCUAUCACACAAGUAAGCUUGUUUUGUCUAUUUACUUUUUGAAUUCUAUGUAUGGUAAAAUAAUUAGCAUCACAAUCUUUAAUGGUUAACCCACAUACCCAUGUGAUCUUAACAGGUCAAUUCUACAAUAAAUAACAUAGUUAUUA